UCACUCUGUGAGCGUAAUCGUUCGUUGAUAGUGCGACAAUUUUGCUUUGACUGGGAUAAACAAAGUUCAAUCAUCGUGCUUGUGUUUUGAAUUCGCGUUUUUGAAUCCUCUCUAGAUCUAGAUUUUAGUUCUCGGUUUUGAAAUAUUUAACAAAUAGAGAACACAUAUCGAUACUUAAAUCAGUCAACAUUUGGUUCCAACAUGGGAAAAUCAUCAAAGGAGAAACGCAGACGGCGGGACCGCGACAGCAAACACCGACACAAGACGAAGCACAGAUCAAGGCAUGAUUCUGAUGAUAGUUCAGAGUCCAAUGCUUCAGAUUCAGACUCAAGGUCUCAGUCACGCUCCAGGUCUCCAGUCAGGCACAAGAAACAGAGUAAACAUAGGUCAAGGUCAAGGUCCUCCUCGAGAUCUAGGAGACGAAGUUCACAUGGAGAGAGUGGAGAAUCGAGGAAAGUUCUUACAGCCGAAGAAAAACAGCGGCAAAAAGAGGUUCUAAAGGCCCUGGAAACUCCAGAGGAGAAAAGAGCAAGGCGUCUUGCGAAAAAGGAAGCCAAAGAGCGAAAAAGGAAAGAAGAAAUGGGCUGGGAUAAAGAUUACCUGGGCUACACAAAUGUUGACAACCCUUUUGGAGAUGAGCAUCUCCUGGAUACCUUUGUGUGGACUAAGAAGCUGGAGAAGGAGGGAAAGAAGGAUAUGUCAGCUGAGCAGAUUCAGACGAUGCACAGGUCCAAGAUGGUUCAAAAUAAGGCUGAACUUGAGAAAGUGAAAAAGAGACGAUUGGAACGAGAGAAGGAAUGGGAAGAAAGAGAAAAAGAGAGGGAAAUGUUGCAGAGAGAGAAAGAGGCUGAUUACUUCAAAGAAUGGGAGAAACAAGAGGAUGGUUUUCAUUUGAACCAAGCAAAACUGAGGUCAGAGAUUCGAAUAAAGGAUGGCAGAGCCAAGCCUAUAGACUUGUUGGCCAAGUACAUCAGUGCAGAGGAUGAUGAACUUGCUGUAGAAAUGCAUGAGCCGUACACAUACUUAUAUGGUCUGACUAUCCAAGAUCUGGAGGAUCUUCUGGAGGACAUCAAAGUGUACUUGGAGCUGGAGGAGGGCAAGAAUGCCGACUACUGGCGUGACAUCAUCACGGUCACUCAGGACGAGCUGGCCAAGCUACGGAAACUGGACGCAAACAGCAGAGAUUUUAUUGCUGAACGACGCGAUGGGAUCAAUAAUGCAGUCAACUCCGAGAUCGGUGACAUAUUCAAAGGAAAAACUACAAAUCAGCUGAAGCUCUUGGAGAAACAAAUUAAAGACAAACUGAGUGGUGGUGAAGGCAUUGAUGUGGGGUACUGGGAGUCUCUGCUUCAGCAGCUGAAGGCACACAAAGCCCGCACCAGACUUCGAGAGAGACAUCAGGAUGUGCUGCGGCAAAAACUGUUCAAACUAAAGAGAGAGCAAGGCAUUGAAUCUGGGCCUCUGUUCCCUGUUGUUCAAGAAGAAGGUACGGAAGGUUCUCCAUCUGUUCGGUCGCAGCCAUCCUCUCCGCAAGUCAAAGCAGAAGUGGGCUCCCCACGACCACCACAUUCACCUAAGCCUCAGACUUCCACUGCUCCUGACAGUGAAGAGGAUGUUGCUGAGAAAGAGACAGAAGACAAAGACAAUAAGGAGGGAGAGGAGGAAGUGGAGGAGGAGGAGGAGGAGGCAGAAGCUAUGACAGAAGAAGAUCUUCAGGAGCUGGAAUAUGUCAAGGGCGGUUACUCUCCUCGACUGAUGAGAGCUGAAGAUCUCACACUAGACGCUGUCAUCUAUGAUGAGGCAGACGACUCAAAGAAACUCGAGCUUGCCCGUAAACAGGUGUAUGCCACAGGCCGUGUCAGGACUGAUGGUGAGACGGAGUUUGAGAAGAAGGCUAGGGAAGGAAUGGACAUGGAUGAGGCUCAGUUCAGUGUGGAGGUCAAUCUGGAGCAGCAGGCCUUCAUGUGGUCAGACAAGUACCGGCCUCGCAAACCUCGCUUUUUCAACAGAGUGCACACGGGUUUUGAGUGGAACAAGUACAAUCAGACUCACUACGAUAUAGACAACCCCCCUCCAAAGAUUGUGCAAGGUUACAAGUUCAAUAUUUUCUACCCAGACCUGAUAGACAAAGCAAAUACGCCAGAAUACUUCGUCACACCCAUGGACGGUAGCAAAGACUUUGCUCUGUUGAGGUUCCAUGCCGGACCACCGUAUGAAGACAUCGCCUUCAAGAUUGUGAACAGAGAAUGGGAGUACUCUUACAAGCGAGGAUUCCGGUGCCAGUUCCACAACAACAUUUUCCAGCUCUGGUUCCACUUCAAACGCUACAGAUACAGAAGAUAGUAUUUUUCAUCCCGCAGUACUCCUCUGGUUGGUUGACAACAUUCACGCCAGAUGUCUUGCACUUGUAAUUAUAAUAAAGCUUGAUUGAAUCCUUGAAACAAAA